UUGUUUGCAUACUCUAUGCAUCUAUUUGUGAUUAAAAACACUCGACUAAAGGAAGAAAGAGUUACUUCCCGUCACUGUAGAUGGCGCUAACUUUCAAGAUGGCAGCCUCCAUGUAUUGAAUUGUUUAUCAACACAACUGUAAUAUUGCAGUUGGCUACACAUACUGAUAUUACUCCCGUAGAAGUCUGGCUGCUUGUGGUUUUUCAAUUACUUGAAGGCAGAAAACAUGUCGGCAGAUGCAGUUGAUGACAGUCCACAUGAUGAUAGUCCUGAUAUACAGGAAUCUGAACCAAAACUGACCAAGGCACAGUUGGCCAGGAUAGAGAGAAACAGGCAAAAAGCCCUCCUUCUAAAACAAGCUCGCUUACAGAGUAGGCCUUAUCCAGAGGGAAAACCGGACAAACACAAAGUUAAGGCUCCACCUCGUGAGAUUGACUCUGGUGGAGGGUUCUACAUUGAAGAAGACGACGAAGCUCUGCAGAAUGUACACAAGAAAAUCAUCCAUCCUGAAGGUGCCGUGCUGGCAGUUGACAACCUUGUGUGUGAUGGAUGUGGGAAGGAGUUUAUGGAGUCCUUCCUCCUCAACCACUUUGAAUUGGCUGUCUGUGACAUAUGCAGACAAAAUGAGGAAAAGUAUGGUUUAAUCACUAAAUCUGAUGCAAAGAAGAGGUUUCUGCUGAAGGACUGUGACUUUGAUCAAAGAGAACCGGCACUGAAGUUCAUCAUCAGGAAGAACCCGCACAAUGAAAGAUGGGGAGAUAUGAAGCUGUACCUCGAAACUCAGAUUACAGAUCGGGCCAUGGAAGUGUGGGGGGACGAGGAGAAACUGGAGGAACAACAUGAGAAGAGAGAUCAGAACAGAGAGAAGUCCAAACAGAAGAAGUUUGAUAAGAGAGUUAAAGAGUUGCGGAUGGCAGUCAGAAGCAGUUUAUGGAGGAAAGAUUCAGGAUCCCAUGAACAUGACUUUGGUGAAGAAACAUAUGACGAAGAUGAGGAUAUGUACUCCAAAACAUGCAAAUCGUGUGGGCAUGUGAUGACAUAUGAAAAGAUGUGAUGAAAUUUAGAACAAUGUGAUGUAUGGAAUAAGGAAGUCUAGGAUCUGAAUGGAUGGCCAGUAUAAACAUCUAAUGGAUAGUUUAUCAUAGUUCUUGGUAUUGGCCAUCAGUGGUGUAUGAUUAGAAGGUGUUAAUGCGCAAGCAUCAUGUUUGUCAAAAGUGUGAUCAAAAUGUUGGACUGUCUUGUCCUCGUUUAGGGAUCUAUGAAGAAAAAUGGAGAAUUUGAAGGUCACUAUGAGUUAACAUGUCAGGGUGUGGUCACUGUGAUGUGGACCUGUGAAGAUCCGGGGUAGAAUAGGUCGUCAGCAACCCAUAUAUGGCGACUAUGCUUGUCGUAAGAUCAGGUGGUCAGGCGCACUGACUUUGUUGAUGCAUGUCAUUGUAUUCCAAUUGCGUGGAUCGAUGCUCAUGAUGUCAAAAACUGGAUUGUCCUGUCCACACUUGAUUAUUUACAGAUUGCCGUCAUGUACCUGGAAUAUAGCUUCGUCAAACAACAAACAAACAACCAAACAAACUACUGUGAUGUAUUGUUUCAUGGGUUUAAUAAGCUCAUUAUAAAUGAGACGAGCCAUACAAAAAAUAAUAAUUAUGUUCUUUUCCUGAUAUUGAAAUAUUUUGGCAAUUUUCAUUGGACAAGCAUUUAAGGGGAGGAGCUCAAUGUCAUGGAAGCUCAUAUUCUGACAGAAUUCUCUUCAACAACACACUUCAUCUUCAUCAACACACUCAAUGACAUUUUUAGAAACUUAAAUUUGUUUGUGAUGUUUUGUUCAGGGAUAGCAUGGAAUCGGAUCAGUUUGAGUUUGAAUGCAGUUCAACUGGUUUUACAGUUCAUGUUACAUUGUGUAGUGUCAUCGGGAGAAAUAUGUUUUUCACUGCAUGUUGUAAUAGAUUCAUCAUGGAAGGUAACAUUUUCAAUCGGCAAUGGAAAAGACCCUUUUCUCUUGUGACCAAAGGCCUUUGGAUAUGCAGAAUGUCUGUUUGCAGCUUCCUAGGUUUGUUGGUGUGGUGGGGUAGCCUAGUAGUUAAAGCGUUGGCUCACCACGCCAAAGACCCGGGUUUGAUUCCCCAGCUGGGUACAAUGUGUGAAGCCCAUUUUCCUGUGUCCCCCGCCGUGAUAUUUGCUGGAAUAUUGCUAAAAACGGCGUAAAACCAUACUCACUCACUCACUCCUACAUUUGUUUAAAAUAUCACAGAAGUUGAUGAAUCUGAUUGGUAUAUAUUAUGAAUUGUACUUGAUUAAAAUAAAAUAAAAAUGAAUUUGACAUGCCUAAAUUUAAUGUUUAUUACAAUUUAAUUCCAACACCAUAACUACAAUAAAUUGUUAUCAGUGAAUUGCAUUUUUGCAAUACUAUUUCUUUUCAAUUUGUAUUGAUGUAAAGA